AUGUCAACAACUUGUGGUGCUAAAAAAAAGAGAAAAAUUGGACCAAGUAUUAAACUCGAGAUAGUGACACCCGCCUUCCGUCUCUGGCCGAAUGAACGGAAGGGAUCCCGCUGUCAGUUGAUCAGUUCUUCGACGGCAGAUAUUGGAGAUUUUGGCCUAAAAUCCUGCACUAAAACAAAACCGAAUACGCAAAGAUCCAAUAAGGAGCGAAGUCGCGGAAGAAGUGUCCCUUUUCGAUCAAUCCCUUCGAGAAAAGGACAAAACAUCCAACGAUUGUCUCCAAUUGACUUCCGGCGCGGUAGACUGGGAGGCGAUCUGCGGGCGGCGCCAAAGAGGCGACACUAUGCCAACAUCACGACCUGCCAGCACCGAGCGCUGGCUGACACUCGCUGACGAAAUGCCAAAUAUGAGGCCCUUUUGACAGCGACGGACAAGUGCUUGUAAGCGGGGACUUUCUCCGCUGUACAGAGGGACCUCGUGAAGGGGUUCGCGUUGACCGGGGCUGCCAAAGCCGUAGUUUGUGUGAACACGAAGGUAAUUAAUUCUAGUCAUACCUAAUCUCGUGUGCUUUGCUUCACGUUGCUCUUAAGAAACAAAAGAAAAAAAAAUACAAAGAAAAAGUGCUCCUAUAUCGCUAAGAAGAAAAACAUUUCCCCGGCACCGGCCGAGCCGAGCGCGUCCGUCCCGCGCCCACGAGAAGUGCGAGCGACGCCGUCCGUCGGUGACCGGAUCAAACGACCCUUGUCCCUGUGGCGCCGAGCGAGCCCCUGGCGGGAAGGAGCGCAAGUGUCGCCGAGGCUGCGGCGGGACGGUCGCCAGUGAUGGUCGCGACGCGUGAGAGCAGCUUCCUCGCAGGCUGCCGCUUCUGCCUCUGCUGCCGCUGCUGCUGCCAGGAGGCGCGCGAGCGAGGCAGGGGCUUGUAGUCGGGCCUCGCCCUCCCGCGCCAUGGAGCUCCGUCGGCUGCUCGUUCCUACGCGAAAUACCAAGCAAGCAUGAGAAUCGCUGUGCUUAUAGAUAAAUAUGCUAAAACAAUAUUGGUGAAUGAAAAGUAUCAUGUAACGUGAAGUGCAAAGGCAAGACACGUUGUAAAAUAAACGGAAACAAACGGAGAUUACGAUUAUCUCGCACAACCGCAGGAACCCAUAGAAAGCUAAUACGCUUAUUGUAUUCUUAACAGUUCCCAUGUAAGAUGAGAUGAAGAAUAAUGUAUAACUAUAGUUGUAUUAUGAAGAUAAUAUUUUUGUACACUUAAUACCUGUAUAUAGAGAGAACGAAAUUAAGAAAAGAAACAUUUUGCAAGUGUAAUGUGAUAUACAGUGUGAAAAAAAACGCAUGAAAUAGAACUACUACGGUGUAUAUAUAUGUGUGUGUGUGUGUACUGUCUAACUGUAAUAAAUAUCUAUAUAUAAAAAUAUAUAUAUAUAUAUAUGUGAAGAGAUAUAUAUCGCUA